AUGAAUAAUAAUAUCGAAAACCCUCGGCAAAUGUCACAGCAACACUUUACGGAGCUUAUUGAAAUCUUUAGACAAUACAUAAUGUACCCGGCAACGACUCAACACAAAAAGUUAAUGCACCACCAUGUUUCGGUCUGGGAAUCACUUUCAAACGUGGAAGCGUUCUUUCUGAUUUUUUCUAUUUUUUGUUGGAUGGUUAUGAUGGGCUUUUCGAUUGCUGGCUUUUUGGUGGCACGAAAACGUUAUGGUGCUCCUCAAAAAUCUGUUUCGUCAAAAUACACUGCCAAAAAUGCUCCUGGCGUAACGAUCAUACGACCACUAAAAGGUGUCGACUGUAAUCUCUACGACAAUUUGGCGUCGUCUUUUCGCCAGGAUUAUCCUGUUUUCGAGAUUUUAUUCUCGGUGGCAAGUGAAAAUGAUCCUGCGGUUAAGGUUGUAAAAGAAUUAAUGAAACGCUAUCCAAGAGUUGAUGCUAAAUUAAUAAUAGCUGAACGUGCUGUAGGCGUCAAUCCAAAGAUUAACAACAUGAUUACUGCAUACGAGUCAAUGAAAAAUGACAUAAUGUGGAUACUCGAUUCAAAUAUCUACGUCGAACCUGGCUGUCUUGCUCGUUCUGUGGAAAAGUUGUUACUUCCUGGUGUUGGAUUAGUUCAUCACCUUCCAUUUGCUGUGCGUCCUGCCACUUUUGGCUCAGAAUUGGAGAUGAUGUUUUUGGAUACAGUGCACGCGAAAAUGUAUCUUGCUAUCAAUUUUUUUGGACCGGACAGCUGCGUUGUCGGAAAAUCUAACUUAUAUCGAAAGAGUGAUGUUGAAUCGAUUGGUGGGCUGGCUCAAUUCGGUCAAUACAUGGCUGAGGAUAAUAUACUUGCAAGUGCAUUAUGGCGAAAAGGAUUCAAACAUGAGAUGACUAAUGAUCUUGCUUAUCAACCGCUUGGAUCUAUGGAAACUGCAGAUUAUUUUUUGCGACGUUCACGAUGGACUCGUAUUCGAAAGUAUACAGUGACAGCAGCUACAGUCGUUGAACCUUUAACUGAAUCAAUGUUGUGUGGCUUAUUCGCAUCGUACGGAUUCAGUCUUCUCUGGCAAAUACAUCCUCUCAAUUUCUUCGCUUUCCAUAUAAUAACUUGGUUCAUGCUCGAUUUGUCUUUAUUUCAAGCUCUUAGUGGGAAAAAAAUCGAAGUGGAAAACUUGAGAGGGUUUAUUAUGGCUUGGGCAUUACGUGAAAUCACUGCUCUACCACUCUAUGUUUACUCAGUGAUUGGUAACACCGUGGACUGGCGAGACGGUACCUUCCGACUAAAGGCAAACUCGACUGUUGUGAAAAUUUCAUCGCCAUCACCUACUAAUCGAUCACAUAAACGUAGCCUUUCUUUCCCGUCCCUGAGAUUGUCCACUCGACCAGUCGACUCUCGGAAUUUUUCUCUUAAUCCAUGGGUAGUUGCAUCCAUCACUUCGGUCAUUCUAGUUAUUGAUAUAGUAAUGGACGUUUUAUUCAAAAGUGAAAGAAAUGGAAAGUCCCCUGAAACAGAUGCCAGUUCAUUGUCACUGAAACCGAUAGAAAAUUCAAGACGAAAACGAAGAAAGGCUAUGCGUGCUGUUUCAGAUGGUGGUCGAGAAGGUGAAGAAGUAAUCAUUGAGGCAGAUAGUGGAGACAGUAGCGCAGAUGAAAGAGAUAUGAAGAAUCGUAGUGAUCCAAUUAUACGAGCUGCUGGUAAAUACUUGAAAAGCUCGCUUAGCAAGACAAGCGCAAAACACUUUGAUGUUCCUUAUUUUCAUAAUUCCGAAGAAUCAGAGGAAGAGAUUAAUAAUAACAAUAUAAUGGAUAAUUCAGAAACUAUUGUAUCUUAUUGUGAUGAAAAAGUUUCAUUGUCACGUCGUGUACUUGAAGCGAUGUUCAUAUUAAGCGUGUUCAAAGAUACCGUAAAGAUUGAGCCUCAGAAUUUCCGUAAGAAUAAAUACGAAGCUAUUACUGACGAACUAAACCAAAAAUAUGCUAAUAAGGUUGUGCAGGAUAUAGGCCUUUGCAUAUGUCUACACGAUAUUCUCGAAGCAGGCGAGGAAUUUGUGCAUCCCGGGAUUGGCAACGGAGCUAGCUUUGUCAAGGUAGAAUUUCGAUUGAUCAUGUUUCGCCCUUUUAUUGGCGAAGUACUCGUCGGAAAAAUCAAAUGCUGUCUACCAACUGAAAUAAAAGUUACAAUGGGAUUUUUCGAUGAUAUUAAAAUACCACGAGCGCUUUUAAGAGAAUCCACGUUCUUUCAGCCUUCGGAACAAGCAUACUUAUGGAAAGGACACGGCCACGAAUACUGGUUAGACAAUCAAGACGUGAUAAAAUUUCGUGUUGUUGGUGAGACAUUUACAGAUAUCGCGCCAAAGCAGCCCCCGGGUGCGGCUAGAGCAGUGACUGGAGCUGGUAGUGGUGGACCGAUAACCGACACAAAUCCAUCGAUUAUUAUUGGUGGAAAUUCGUCGCGCACUCCGCCAUACUCGAUAAUUGGCUCAAUACAAGAAGACGGUCUUGGAUUACCAGAAUGGUGGUCCAAUGUUCAAUAA